GAGUAGUUCAGAAAAAUCACGAGUGUAGAGUGUGUCUACUUGAUCUACUGGCGAGUGUCAAGGAAGAAGACUGGCUGGCAGUGGCGGCGUGCGGUGCGCGUGUGUUUGGCGGAGCGGCGCUGCCUGCCGAUUUACAUACAUAGUCACUAAUCACGGCUUGCAGCAGCGUUGGUUACGAUUCGGUGGUUGUUUGACUUGAGAUUUGGCAGAGUGCCGACUACAGGACUGCAGCAGUAGCAGCCUGUGCGCGCGAGGAGCUGCCGUGCUAAAGGCGGUGCACGACGUUAUCCGCGAGGACUGCAGCGGCAACUGCUGCAGGCCUCGUUCUCAGCGAGAUGUGUACAGUCCGUUACGACAACUCUUAGUGCCUUUCCCUCCUGUUUGUGUGCCCGUGCCUCGGUUCGUGCAGUGCCCGUGUGUUCAGUGCUUAUUUAUUCGACUGCAGAUUGACAAUCGACGCAGGUAAAGAGCAUGUGGCAGGAGUUGGACGGCGGCCUCGGGGGCACCGCCGCUGUCACCUCCUCCACUCACCAGGUCGACCAAUUCCCCGGUACAGAGCUGAGUCCCGAGCAGCAGAAGCUGCUCAUUGACAUUCGCAGGAAGAAGUCCGAGCUACUGCUGGAAAUACAGCAACUGAAGGAUGAGCUGGGCGAGGUGGUGGCGGAGAUGGAGGCGAUGGAGAGCGGCCAGCAGCAGGGCGGGCCGCAGCAGCAGCAGCAGCAGCAGCCGGGCGGCCAGGCCGGCUCGGAGGCCGAGUGCAAGGGCUCCAACAGGGCCAAGCAGACGUCGAUCGGCCGCAAGAAGUUCAACAUGGACCCGAAGAAGGGCAUCGAGUACCUGAUCGAGCACGGCCUGCUGGCGGCCAGCGCCGAGGACGUCGCCCAGUUCCUGUACAAGGGCGAGGGCCUCAACAAGACGGCCAUCGGCGACUACCUGGGCGAGCGCAACGACUUCAACGAGCGCGUGCUGCGCGCCUUCGUCGAGCUGCACGACUUCACCGACCUGAUCCUCGUGCAGGCGCUGCGCCAGUUCCUCUGGUCGUUCCGGCUGCCCGGCGAGGCGCAGAAGAUCGACCGCAUGAUGGAGUGCUUCGCCCAGCGCUACUGCCAGCUCAACACCAACAUCUUCACCAACACCGACACCUGCUACGUGCUCAGCUUCGCCAUCAUCAUGCUCAACACCAGCCUGCACAAUCCCAGCGUCAAAGACAAGCCCAGCGUCGAGCAGUUCAUCAACAUGAACCGCGGCAUCAACAACGGCGGCGACCUGCCCCGGGAGCUGCUCGUGAGUCUCUACGAGAGCAUCAAGACGGAGCCCUUCAAGAUUCCCGAGGACGACGGCAACGACCUCAUGCACACUUUCUUCAAUCCUGACAAGGAGGGCUGGCUCUGGAAGCAAGGUGGACGCUACAAGAGCUGGAAGCGACGCUGGUUCAUCCUCAACGACAACUGCCUCUACUACUUCGAGUACACGACGGACAAGGAGCCCCGUGGCAUCAUCCCGCUGGAGAACAUUCAGGUGAGGGAGGUCCAGGACAGAAACAAGCCGCACUGCUUCGAGCUGUACGCCGCUGGCACCGAGUUCAUCAAGGCCUGCAAGACCGAUAGCGAGGGCAAAGUGGUCGAAGGCAAACACACGGUCUACCGGAUGUCCGCGGCGACCAACGAGGAGAAGGACGAGUGGAUCAAGUGCGUGCGGCAGAGCAUCUCUCACAAUCCGUUCUACGACAUGCUGGCGGCGCGCAAGAAGAAGGCCCAGAAGACCAACGUCCACUCCAAGGGCUGAGCCGCGCGGGAUUGCUCCGGCUCGGCUGUCGACUCGUCCAGGCGCUCGCGGUCCGGGUGCCGCCCUCGACAGCCCGCGACGGCCUUUCUUCCGUCGCUCCGUUCCGCGUCCUCCUCUUCCACGGACCAGAGUCCCGUCGCGCUCCUCUCGCACUCGGCGUUCGCUCCGUUGCCGCCUUUAUUCCCUCUAUUGUGCCAAUCUCUUUACAAAUUUCGACGUUUUGUAAGAAAA